ACGCAUCACCUGUGUGCGCUCCCAUUGCCGCUGACGUAACUUCCUCCUUUCCCAGCAUGGCGACGUCUACGCUGUGCCGAUCGGCGGCCAUGGGGAGAGCUGGCCGUUGCAGGGUUCCCCUGCCGUCCGGCAGGCUGCUGGUCCUAUGGCUGCUGAUGAGUUUAUUCACGGGCUGUGCGGACACAUUCUACGUUCCUGGCGUGGCGCCCGUGGAGUUCAGCCGUGGCCAGCCGAUCGAGGUGAAGGCCGUCAAGAUGACCAGCACCCUGACGCAGCUGCCAUACGCCUACUACUCGCUCAACCUGUGCAAGCCCAAGAACGGCACGCUCACCUACAAGUCUGAGAACCUCGGGGAGGUCCUCCGUGGGGACCGCAUUGUGAACACGCCCUACGAGGUUCACAUGGCAGUGGACCAGAAGUGCAAGUUGCUGUGCCACAUGAGGGACACCGACCCGCCACCCAUCUCGUGGCAGCUCGAGGACUCCCAGACUGCCGCCCUGCGCAUCCGGCACCAGUACUUCGUCCACCUGCUUGCCGACAACAUGCCAUGUGCGGUACGCCUUGAAUCGUUCGACAGCAGUCAACCGGUUUACGAACAUGGAUAUCGGCUUGGAUUUGUCGAGAAUGACAAGCCAUACAUCAACAACCACCUGAAACUCAUCCUCUACUACCACACCGAGGACAAUGAGCACUUCAGGGUUGUUGGCUUCGAAGUCGCUACCAAGAGUGUGCACAAGGACUCGAUGAAGUUCCUGAAGGGUGGCUUUUGCGAGUUCGACUCGAGCCAAGCGAAGAAGCAGGACGUGAACGAGAACGGCAUCACAGACUUGUACUUCAGCUACGAGGUGGAAUGGAGGCAGAGCAGCAUCAGGUGGGCCUCCCGCUGGGACACCUACCUGGCCAUGACCGACGUCCAGAUCCACUGGUUCUCCAUCGUCAACUCGGUCAUUGUUGUCUUUUUCUUGUCGGGUAUGCUGACUAUGAUCAUCGUUAGGACACUUCGGAGGGACAUUGCCCGCUACAACAAAGACGAAGACUCGGAAGACGCGAUGGAGGAGACUGGCUGGAAAUUGGUCCACGGUGACGUCUUCCGGCCGCCGCAGUACCCCAAGCUCUUCGUUGCCGUUGUGGGCAGCGGGAUUCAGAUCUUCUUCAUGAUGUUCAUCACAAUAUUCUUCGCCAUGCUGGGCAUGUUGUCACCGGCCUCCCGGGGGGCCCUCAUGACCGCUGCCAUCUUCCUCUACGUCUUCAUGGGCCUCUUUGCCGGCUACUUCUCGGCCCGCUUGUACAAGACCUUGCGUGGUGUCCAGUGGAGGAAAGCAGCCUUCCUGACAUCGGUCCUGUACCCAGGCAUAGUAUUUGGAACAUGUUUUUUCCUCAACUUCUUCAUUUGGGGAAAGCACUCGUCGGGAGCGGUUCCCUUUGCCACUAUGGUGGCACUGCUAUGCCUCUGGUUUGGCAUCUCAGUGCCCCUCGUGUUCCUGGGGUACUUUUUCGGGUACCGCAAGAAGCCCUACGAGCACCCUGUUCGCACGAACCAGAUCCCCAGGCAGGUGCCUGAGCAGGUCUGGUACAUGAACCCAGCACUCUGCACACUGAUGGCAGGGAUCCUCCCUUUUGGAGCCAUGUUUAUUGAGCUCUUCUUCAUCUUUUCCGCCCUGUGGGAGAACCAGUUCUACUACCUGUUUGGUUUCCUCUUUCUCGUUUUCAUCAUCCUCAUAAUCUCCUGCUCUCAGAUUUCCAUUGUGAUGGUGUAUUUUCAACUCUGCGGUGAGAACUACCACUGGUGGUGGCGAUCACUGAUAGUCUCAGGAGGAUCUGCACUCUAUGUGUUUGCCUAUGCCAUCUUCUACUUCGUCACCAAGCUGGAGAUCACAGAGUUCAUUCCGACUCUUCUGUACUUCGGCUACACAUGCAUCAUGGUGCUGACUUUCUGGCUUCUGACGGGAACGAUUGGUUUCUACGCCGCAUACUUCUUCCUCUGCAAGAUCUACGCUGCUGUCAAAAUCGACUGAGUCAUGCAGCUAGCAUGCCUUUGUCCACCGCUGCCGCAUAGCUGCAUCACUGGGAGCAGUGGCUGCGACAGCGUCGUGCAGAGCGCAUGAAUCGACCGACUGAAUUCUCUACGCUUCUGAGAAAUGGAUGGAGGUGGAAGACGCGGAAGAAAGUACUCUGGGACUGGGAAGGGAAAUGCUGAUUUGGUGCGUGUCUGUUUGUGUGUUUGUGUGUGUGUGUGUGUGAAGGACAAGAGAUGACCAGAAGAUGUGGGUAUUGUCAGCAUCGAGCAGUAAGAAGAACGGGCUGUGUGACAAGCACUUCGUAUGGGUCAGGGAAGUGUGCAGUUUUUCUCUGUCUUUCACUCUUUUUUUUUUGUAUGGUUGUGUGUUUGCUUGUUUUUGCUUGUUUCUGUUUCACACGUAGAUGUCGUUGGAGCGAUAGGGCAAGAGAACGAGGCAAAAUAUGAGCUGUAGCUUAUUUUUACUGCCACCUCCACGUUUCUCCUCUACUCCUUGGUGAAUCUGUAUUUUUCUUUUUUUUUCAAAUGGUUUUACUUUUGUGGGUCCGACAGGAAUCAUCAACAUAGCUUUUGUCUGACCAUUGGCCGCCGAUUCCAGCUGCUAGCCGCUAGUCAGCAAGAACAGCAAGAAGCUCUUGGCUGUGUGUACUUCUGAUGGCUUGUUUUGGAUUCAUGCUCCACUUCAAGCUGCGAACUGGGUUCCCAGGGCAGCAUGAAACAGCUGUAAGGCAGCAGGGAGCAUGGCAUACCUCACCAUCUGUCUUUAUUAUUAUUUCUUCCUUUGGAGAAAAUGCAAGUGUCUAAUAAUGAAUGCACUAGUGGAUGGACUUGCAGCACGCAUGGCUUUACAGAUUCAAGGGAUCUGUGUUCUGCUUUGGGAAGGAUGCAUAUGUGGGCAGUGAUAUGGAUGUUCCUGUUGAUGGUGCCACAGGAUGCCUCACCUGGAACAUCCUGUCUGUUUGCUGUAGUAUCUGAUUCCUGCUUUCCCAGAUGCAGCUUUGGAGACUUGAUUUAUGCACAGGCAGGCCGUAAAAGAAAAAAUCGGCUGCCGUUUCACUGCCAUUAGGUUUGUGCUUGACAGCUUUCACAUAGGUUGUUUGCACUAGUUACGCUUUACAGACUAGUUCAUUGUGACAAGACUGUCAUUAAUCAUCUUGAUGAGUUUCCUCUUGCCAAAUUAGCUCAUAAGUUGUGUCUGACCUCAAGUCAGCAGCGUUUACAAAGUUGCAAGCUGCCACCUUUAGUCAGGUGCGACCUAACUGCAGUUUAUUCUCUGUGGAAUUUUACUGCCAGACUUGACACUUCACUGUUUGCUAUUGUUUCCCGCGUUGCAACUGAAUGUGUUUUUGGCAGCUAGUGAGUUGAUAACUGAAAGCACAACUCUGUGGCCAGGAUUCAAUGGAUGCAUCUGACGCGGCUGAAUAUGGACGAAUGAGUUCUUCAGUUCAAUACUAAAUUCGCCCCAAAAAAAGGACCAAGUGAUGUCGCACACAUUCAUGGCCCCAACAUCAUCGAUGAAAAGUAGUUUGUACUGUAACCCUUGCUUUGGUCAUUCCCAGGUCCUGUUGCAGUUUAGGCAUUUGUAAACUUGCAGGGCAGUAAACAUUGCCUGCCGUUUCUUAUGCACCACGCCACUUCCCAAGUUGUCAUGGUUGAGCAUGUUUUAUUCUGUCAUUGAAUCCGUUUUACCAAGUUGUGUUGCUUCUGUCAUCAACAUUUGCAGGCUCAAACUUGCCCGUAACUCGUUCUGCGACUGCAAUAACUGAAAAGUGACCAUGAAAAAGUGUCCAUUCUUAUUGAUUCCUGUGCCCAUCUGGGAAAGCAGCACUAUGUUAUUCUGAAUGGCAUUUCUACCAGAUAGUUAUCUGCACUUCUGUGCUUAGUCUGCUAGUGUCUCUUUUCACGCACUGUUCGUAGUGCCCUAGUGUUUGAAACUGCAUGUUUAUACUGUGAGUUGCGGGGACUUGUGUGGUCAUAAGUUAGGUACUUUUGUUAUUUUUGCUUUCAAGUGCCUAUCUGUAGGGUAAAUGAGUAUGCGCCCUUAGCAACAUGUGGGUGUCUUGAGAUGGUUCGUCUCAGCUUAGGGACAUGAUGACGUAAUGCUGAGAACUUUGUUUGAGCAGCUCCAUGGGCCAAAGAAAGUGCUUGAGCAGAGUACAGCUGUCAAAGGACUCAAGAUGUAGCAUGGCUUUUAGUUUGAUACCCAGAAUUCAGUUCUGGCACACUUCUGAUAAGAUGGCAAGGUGCUUGGAGGUAUUUCCAGCAAGCUGUAGUAAUCGGUGACCUAACGGCAUUGGUCUCUGAACUAAAUCCCAGGUACAGUUAGCAACAUUUAAUCUCCAAACAUCUUGUCAAGAAAAUUUUCAAUGCACUGUUGGUGUAUAUUUUCCAGUUGUCCAUUAUUUUGCAGGUUGAGUCAGCGUGUUUGUCCCUGCUUAUAUGGCGCUGCUUACUUGUGGAACCUCAUUACCAAUCACACGCAUCGACUUCUGUACUUUGUAAUUUAUGAUGUACAUAUUGCUUUGUAUCAAGGAGAACUUCUGAUUCCCUUGUGAGUUUUGUUACUUCUCUAAGCCAUACGGCAGAUCACUUGUCGCUUAAAAAUGUGGGAGCGAAUUAUCCUAAUGGUGUUAUCAUGGGCAGUUUUUGUCAAAAGUUUAGAAGCCAAUGUGUACAUGACCAGACCUAUGGUCUGUCCACCCAGAGGGAUCUCAGAAAUUUUGCGGCUCGGAAUGCCAGAGACUGAGUGGCAAUUAUUGAGCUUUAGAGCAUCAGCUGUGUGACAAGUGGGCAGCAACAGAACUUCGCGAUCACUCAUGAAGUGGCUUCGAAACUUUUGACUAAGACUGUAUGCUUUCAUUGCAUGCUCCACUUCUAUAACUUAUGGCACUUUUGUCGGGUAAGGCCAACGCCCCGGAAAUUUGUGGAAUUCCACACAACCAAAGCAUCAAUUUCUCAUGUUAGUGUACAAUGCCUUGAGGGUAAGCAAUCUUUGAAACAUGUAUUGAAUAUUAAACACACUACUACUUCUGAAA